CAGGGACAUCACCCUACAGCAGUUCAGGCUGUGGUUCGCAGGAAGCAUACAUUGGCUUUUUGAUUCGUGCUAGUUCCCAGCUCACAAUUUGGGAGGAUCUAACGCCAGCCUUCACGUGAAGGGGGAACCAAGGACAGUUAGUAGCUGGGUGGUCCCAGCCCUGGAGCCCUGCCAACCUGACAUUGGAAUCUUCCCGACCCCCAUGGCCCUGCAGAUGUCGCUGGGAAAGUGGUGAUCCAGACAGGACCAGGCUGGCCCCACGAGACAAGAGAAAUGGAGGCAAACGACCAUUUUAACUUUACUGGCCUUCCCCCUGCACCUGCUGCCUCAGGACUGAAACCCUCUCCCUCCUCAGGGGAGGGCCUCUACACUAACGGGUCUCCCAUGAACUUCCCCCAGCAAGGGAAAAGUUUGAAUGGGGAUGUGAAUGUUAAUGGCUUAUCUACUGUAUCUCACACUACUACUUCAGGGAUUUUGAACUCUGUUCCCCACUCCUCCAGCACCUCACACCUCCAUCACCCCAACGUGGCCUACGACUGUCUCUGGAACUACUCACAGUACCCAUCUGCCAAUCCUGGCAGCAACCUCAAGGACCCACCCCUUCUCUCCCAGUUCUCGGGAGGACAAUAUCCACUCAACGGCAUCCUUGGGGGCACACGGCAACCGUCAUCCCCAAGUCACAACACUAACCUUCGUGCUGGGAGCCAAGAAUUUUGGGCCAACGGUACCCAGAGUCCCAUGGGGCUUAACUUCGACUCACAGGAACUGUAUGAUUCUUUUCCUGACCAGAAUUUUGAGGUGAUGCCCAAUGGACCCCCUAGUUUUUUCACCUCUCCACAGACUUCUCCCAUGUUGGGAUCCAGCAUCCAGACCUUUGCACCCUCCCAGGAGGUAGGCAGUGGUAUCCAUCCUGAUGAAGCGGCAGAAAAGGAGCUGACUUCAGUUGUGGCAGAGAAUGGCACCGGCUUGGUAGGCAGCCUGGAGCUUGAAGAAGAACAGCCAGAACUGAAGAUGUGUGGCUACAAUGGCUCCAUACCUUCUGUGGAAUCAUUGCACCAAGAAGUCUCAGUCUUGGUCCCUGACCCCACAGUGAGCUGCUUAGAUGAUCCUUCACAUCUUCCUGAUCAACUGGAAGAUACUCCAAUCCUCAGUGAAGUCUCCUUGGAGCCCUUUAACACCCUGGCAUCAGAGCCAGUGAGUGGAGGACUGUAUGGUAUAGAUGACACGGAGCUGAUGGGUACAGAGGACAAGCUGCCUCUUGAGGACGACAGCCCUGUGAUCUCUGCCCUUGAUUGCUCUUCCCUCAAUAACGCCACGGCCUUCAGCCUCCUGGCAGAUGACAGUCAAACUUCAGCCUCUAUCUUUGCCAGCCCCACCUCUCCACCUGUCCUUGGGGAGUCUGUCCUGCAAGAUAACAGCUUUGACCUGAAUAAUGGUAGUGAUGCAGAACAGGAAGAAAUGGAAACUCAGGCUUCAGACUUCCCACCACCUCUAACCCAGCCAGCCCCUGACCAGUCAUCCACUAUUCAGCUACAUCCAGCAACCUCACCAGCAGCCUCGCCUUCAGCCUCCCCAGUAAUCUCCCUGGCAGUUUCUCCAGCAGCCUCCCCAGAAGUCUCUCCAGAAGCCUCCCCAGUAGUUUUUCCAGCACCCUCCCCGGAAAUCUCCCCAGUCAUCUCCCCAGCUUUCCCAAGAGCCUCUCCAACUUCAGCAGCCCUCCCACCGAUCUCCUCAGAAGUUUCCUUGACGAACUCCCCAAAAGUGUCCCUUGCAGCUUCCCCUGCAGCUGUCUUCCCAACAGCCUCCCCAGCAAAUAAGGAUGUCAGCAGCUUCCCUGAAAUCUCUGCUGACCUGGAAGAGAUCACUGGAGAAGGAGUCACUACUGGUGGUGGUGAUGUCCUGAGGAGACGAAUUGCUACCCCAGAAGAAGUUCGUCUUCCCCUCCAACAUGGGUGGCGGAGAGAGGUGCGCAUCAAGAAGGGCAGCCACCGAUGGCAGGGGGAGACCUGGUAUUAUGGCCCCUGUGGGAAGAGAAUGAAACAGUUCCCGGAAGUGAUCAAGUACCUGAGCCGCAACGUGGUACCAAGUGUCCGCCGUGAACACUUCAGCUUCAGUCCCCGUAUGCCUGUUGGAGAUUUCUUUGAAGAGAGAGACACACCAGAGGGCUUGCAAUGGGUACAACUGUCAGCAGAGGAGAUCCCAUCCAGGAUUCAGGCAAUUACUGGGAAACGGGGCCGACCUCGAAACACUGAGAAGGCCAAGACCAAGGAAGUUCCCAAGGUGAAACGGGGCCGAGGUCGGCCACCCAAGGUCAAAAUCACUGAACUGUUGAAUAAGACAGACAACCGCCUCCUAAAGAAACUGGAGGCCCAAGAAACACUGAAUGAGGAGGAAAAAGCAAAGAUGAGUAAAAUUAAGAAGAAAAUGAAGCAGAAGGUACAACGUGGAGAAUGUCAGACUACUAUCCAAGGGCAGGCCAGAAACAAGCGGAAACAAGAGACCAAGAGCUUAAAGCAGAAGGAAGCUAAGAAGAAAUCCAAGGCAGAGAAGGAGAAGGUAAAGACGAAGCAGGACAAACUGAAGGAAAAAGUCAAGAAGGAGAAGAAGGAGAAGGUAAAAAUAAAGGAAAAGGAGGAGGUGGCCAAAGCCAAGCCAGCCUGUAAAGCAGAUAAAACACUGGCUACACAGAGGCGCUUGGAGGAGCGGCAGAGGCAGCAGAUGAUCUUGGAGGAGAUGAAGAAGCCCACAGAGGAUAUGUGUCUGACUGAUCACCAGCCUCUGCCUGACUUUUCACGCAUCCCUGGUCUGAUCCUGCCUAGUGGGGCCUUCUCAGACUGCUUGACCAUUGUGGAGUUCCUGCACAGCUUCGGCAAGGUGCUAGGCUUUGACCCUGCCAAAGAUGUACCUAGCCUAGGGGUCCUACAGGAGGGACUGCUAUGUCAAGGCGACAGCUUGGGCGAGGUGCAGGACCUGCUGGUGCGGCUCCUAAAGGCUGCGCUCUAUGACCCUGGCUUGCCCUCCUACUGUCAGUCCUUAAAGAUCUUGGGGGAAAAGGUGUCGGAGAUUCCGCUGACAAGAGACAACGUAUCUGAGAUCCUGCGCUGCUUCCUUAUGGCAUAUGGAGUGGAACCAGUCCUCUGUGACAGCCUGCGCACCCAGCCUUUUCAGGCCCAGCCACCCCACCAGAAAGCUGCUGUCCUGGCCUUCCUUGUACAUGAGCUCAAUGGCUCCACCCUCAUCAUCAAUGAGAUUGACAAGACUCUGGAGAGUAUGUCCAGCUACAGGAAAAACAAGUGGAUUGUUGAAGGCCGGCUCCGGAGACUGAAAACAGCUCUGGCCAAACGAACUGGGCGUCCUGAGGUUGAGAUGCAGGGGCCAGAGGAAAGCCUGGGGCGGAGGCGCAGCUCUCGGAUCAUGGAGGAGACUAGUGGCAUGGAAGAGGAGGAAGAGGAGGAGAAUUCAGCAGCCGUCCAUGGCCGUAGGGGUCGAAGAGAUGGAGAGGUUGAUGCCACAACAUCUAGCAUCCCAGAGCUAGAGCGCCAGAUAGAAAAACUCAGCAAGCGUCAGCUCUUCUUUCGCAAAAAGCUGCUUCACUCAUCCCAGAUGCUUCGGGCAGUCUCCUUGGGUCAGGACCGCUACAGACGCCGCUACUGGGUGUUGCCCUAUUUGGCUGGUAUCUUUGUGGAAGGAACAGAGGGGAGCCUAGUUCCUGAGGAUAUGAUAAAGCAGGAAACUGACUCCUUAAAAGUGGCAGCCCAUCCAACACCCAGCCCAGCCCCCUUUUCUCUGAAGAGGGAGUUAGCCGGCUCCAGCACCUCUGCCAGUACUCCUGCCCGGUCCCGAGGCCGACCUCGGAAAACUAAGCCUGGGUCGAUGCAACCUAAGCACCUUAAAUCUCCUGUCAGCAGCCAGGGUUCAGACCAACCCCAAACCCAGCUUCAGCCCGAGACACAGCCCCAUCCUCAGCUUCAGGCUAAUUCUCCGCCGCAGCCCCAGCUUCAGUCCCAUCCUCAGUCCCAUAAUGGGUUCCUGGAGCCAGAAGGCUCCCUUUUGUCUCUGGGUCAGAGCCAGCAUGACCUCAGCCAGUCAGCCUUCCUGUCUUGGCUGAGCCAGACUCAGAGCCACGGCUCCCUGCUGAGCAGCUCAGUCCUCACACCUGAUAGCAGCCCUGGAAAACUGGACCCAACCCCAUCACAGCCCCCGGAGGAACCAGAGCCUGAAGAGGCAGAAUCCAACCCUAAUUCUCAAGCCCCCUGGUUUAACUUCUCAGCCCAGAUGCCCUGCAAUGCUGCCCCUACACCACCCCCUGCAGUUUCUGAGGACCAGCCCACUCCCUCCCCUCAGCUACUUGUUUCCGCCAAGCCAGUGAAUAGACCCAAUGCUGCCAACCCCUGUUCUCCAGUGCAGCUCUCGUCUACCCCCUUGCCUGGGGUGGUCCCUAAGAGGCGAGCAGGAGACCCUGGUGAAACACCACAGAGUCCCACAGGGCUGGGACAGCCAAAACGGAGAGGGAGACCCCCUAGUAAAUUCUUCAAACAGAUGGAGCAGCGUUACCUAACCCAGCUGACAGCCAAGCCUGUCCCCUCUGACAUGUGCUCGGGCUGGUGGUGGAUCCGAGAUCCUGAGACAUUAGAUGCCACACUCAAAGCCCUGCACCCCCGAGGCAUCCGAGAGAAGGCGCUUCACAAACACCUAAAUAAGCACAGGGACUUCUUACAGGAAGUCUGCCUACGGCCCUCAACUGACCCCAUCUUUGAGCCCAGUCAGCUACAGCUACCUGCUUUUCAAGAAGGAAUUACGAGCUGGUCUCCCAAAGAGAAAACAUAUGAGACAGAUCUUUCUGUGCUUCAGUGGGUAGAGGAGCUGGAACAGCGGGUUAUCCUGUCUGAUCUGCAGAUCCGGGGCUGGACAUGUUCUAGCCCAGACUCUAUUCGUGAAGAUUUGGCCUACUGUGAGCAUCUACCCGACUCCCAGGAGGAUAUCACCUGGAGAGGUCGAGGCAGGGAAGGACUGGCCCCCCAGCGUAAAACUACCAACCCUCUUGACCUGGCUGUGAUGCGACUGGCCGCCCUGGAGCAGAAUGUGGAGCGGAGGUACCUCCAGGAGCCCCUCUGGCCAGCCCAUGAGGUUGUACUGGAGAAGGCUCUGCUCAGCAUGCCCAACAGUGCCCCCCAGUGCACCACUACGGAGAUAUCAUAUGAGAUCACCCCUCGCAUUCGGGCCUGGCGCCAGACGCUUGAGCGGUGCCGGAGUGCAGCCCAGGUGUGCUUGUGCCUGAGCCAGCUGGAGAGGUCCAUUGCCUGGGAGAAGUCUGUCAACAAAGUGACCUGUCUAGUCUGCCGGAAGGGUGACAACGAUGAGUUUCUUCUGCUUUGUGAUGGGUGUGACCGUGGCUGCCACAUAUACUGCCAUCGGCCCAAGAUGGAGGCUGUUCCAGAAGGAGAUUGGUUCUGUGCUGUCUGUUUGGCCCAGCAGGUAGAGGGAGAAUUCACUCAGAAGCCUGGUUUCCCCAAACGAGGCCAGAAGCGGAAAAAUAGUUAUGUGCUGAACUUCCCAGAGGGUGAUGGCCGCCGACGCCGGGUACUGUCGAGGGUUCGAGAAAGCCCAGCAGUGCCACGGUACUCCGAAGGAGGGCUGUCCCCAUCAAAGCGGCGACGAUUCUCCAUGCGGAACCACCACAGUGACCUCACAUUUUGCGAGAUUAUCUUAAUGGAGAUGGAAUCCCAUGAUGCAGCCUGGCCUUUUCUGGAGCCUGUAAACCCACGUUUGGUGAGUGGGUACCGACGCAUCAUCAAAAACCCUAUGGAUUUUUCCACCAUGCGGGAGCGGCUGCUCCGGGGAGGGUACACCAGCUCAGAGGAGUUUGCGGCUGAUGCGCUCCUGGUCUUUGACAACUGCCAGACCUUCAACGAGGAUGACUCUGAAGUGGGCAAGGCUGGGCACAUCAUGCGCCGCUUCUUCGAGAGCCGCUGGGAGGAGUUUUAUCAGGGAAAACAGGCCAAUCUGUGAGGCAAGGGAGGUGGAGAGUCACCUGUGGCGUCUCCACCCACCGUCCAAACAAAAACCCCUGCCAUUCUCACCUGCUGAUGCUGCCCUGGGUCCAGACUCAAGUCAGAGACAUAACCCUGAUUUUUGACCCUGCCCUUGGCAGCACCCUAAGUCCUCUUACCCCCACACCCCUUUCUCCCUUUCCUCCUCUUGCUCCUCAAAUAAGAGGGGCAGAGAUGAGGUCCUUCUGGACUGAAAGCCAAAAAAGAAAGAAAAAAAUUAUUUUCCUUUCUGUUUUAUUUCCUAAUUAAAAAUGAGCAGGAGGAAAGAAGUCCCUACUUCCUCCCCCAGCUUCUUCCCUGUACGUGCCCCAGCACUCUGGGGCUAUUUAACAAUAGCAAUAGUUCUAGUGAAUGUGUGAAACCGAGAAACACUCUGUACUGUGCGUGGACCCGCAGUGACGGCCAGUAAAGUGGACUUAACUCCCAAGUGUGUCGAGCCGGACACCGGGCCCUGAACAUGCUGCUUCCAUGUUCAGUCCCUCCCCUGCUUCUCUUUCUCUCAAUUUUUCAUCCUCCCUCCCUUCCCCCUUUCAGAUUUUCUGUCAUCCAAUAAUGUAAAACUAUCGUGUACGGGUUCCUUCAUCCUUUUCUUUUCCCCAAAAUCUUUUAUCCCUUCAAAGGAAAAAAAAAAGUUCAGAGGUCCCUGUUUUUCUAUCUUCAUCUGCCAAUAGCUGUCCCCUCUAUAAUGUUGGAAGCUCCUCACAUGCUGAGUUUCUAGCCUUUUCUGAAACUCAGUAGCUGGGGAUAGGACAGGGAGGCACCCUGGACCCUGGGCCUUCCAGCCUCCUUCCCCCACCUCUUUCCCAAACCUCCCUCUUGGGAACUCCUCAGGGACAACUACUGCUGAGUUUGGGCAAACCCCAAGAUGGAGGCCGGGUAGCAAUCGACUGGCCUGAGAGAGAGAGAGAGAGUGUGCGUGCGAGCGAGGUGUGUGUGUGUGUGUGUGUGUGUGUGUGUGUGUGUGAGAGAGAGAGAGAGAGAGGAUGCUGUGAUUGAUCGUGCCCCUGUGUUUGAUGGCAUCCAUUCAGUUUCCCCAAGUAUCUUUUUAUUCUCACCUUUCCUAUUGUUUUAAACCAUCACUUUUUUUGUCUUUGGGAAACCACAAGAACAGUUUUUUUGGGUACAAGGCUGUGUCUCUCCUCUCUCUCUCCCAGUCAUUUCUGUUCCAGCCUCUUUAAACUGUGCAAUCUUUCAGCAGGAACUCCUCCUCCUUUCAGUAGCUUUGAGUCUUAAGCUUUUGCAGAGAGAGGGAUAGAACUGGAUCUUUUCCUAAUCCCAUGAGCUUCUGUGGGUUUAGUUGUGCUUUCCUUCCCUUUUCUACUUCAUACCCUGGGACCCCUUCCCUAGCAGCAGAGACCCUGGAACACAAGAGAGUAGGGAGGAGGGGUUCUGGGUCCACCACUGCCCUCCAUGUGACUGUCCCCAAGUUAAGCCCCAACAUGUGAGAGGAAAGCUGCUAACUCCCAGCUAUAGCCAUGGGCCCCUGGCCCCCUGCUUUCCUGCUCAGCAGAGCCCCUCCCAUCAGAGAUUACGGGUACUUGCACUGGGGAGGUGGCUGCUGGCUGGCCCAAGCAGAGAGCUAAGGCACCCAAGAGAUGUUCCACUGGUGGGGGAGGGGUGCCAGGUGAGGUAGAGCAUUCCUUGAACUUCUUGGCAGCACUGAAUAGCCACUGAAGGGGGCAGUGUAGGUCCUGGGGCAGCCCCUUUCUUAUUUCUUUAUGCCCCUUUUGCCCCAUAGCCUAUUUCUAAAGUCGCCUUUUCUGUCAGAUAAACCUCAAAACUUAAUUUUAUUUGAGAUUUUUUUUUUUUGCUUUUAAAUAAGAGGUGGAUUGAAGAAUAUUUGAAUUGACUUUAUAUUAUGCAUAAAUAUUUAUAUUUUAUCUAAAUAACUGCGCUGUAACAAACUUUGUGUUAGACAUUUGGAACUGUUAGAAUUGGGGGCUAUUCUUUUACCCCAUGGCAGUUUUCCCCGGUAUAAAAUGUAUUAGAUUAAUUUUAUUGGAGGCGAGGUGGACGGGGGAGUGAAAUCUCAAUUAUUCCUACUUUGUGUUCCUCUCCCAGCUCCAUCUCUUUCCCUAGGGACCAGGCACUCUUAAGGUGGGGUGGAGCCCUAGCCUCAGUUGGAAGAAGUGGGGGCUGUAGGGGGUGGGGUAGGAUGAUCAAAGGGGCCAUUUCUCACUUUUCUUUCCUCAUCUUCACUGCCCCUUGAGCUAGGUGGAUUUUCUCUUCUUGACAAAUAAGAGUAUUUGGUAGGGAAGGCAGGUUAAAAAAUUAAAAAAAAACAUCCCCUGCCCCUUUGUUUCCCCUCCCCCAUCAGUCUGGUAACAGGAAGAAACCACCACACCAUCAACACCAACAAGUUUUCAUGUUCCUUUUACAACAAAAGGGACUUGACUUUUUAUAUAACCAAAUGUGGUGUUUUAGUGACUUUUUGAUAAUGUACAGUUUUUUGUGAAUUUAAAUUUAUUUCUUUCUAUAUUUUUAGGACCAAUCUCAUUUUUAAUAAGGUUAAAAAAAGGAAAAAAAAGUCUAGAGAAAAAAACUCCUGUUUUUGCCAUGUGAUGUUCCACAAGUGCAGCUGUAGAAAAGUGCUUGUCAGUUGAAUAAAAACCACAUUUGAUAGAGAUUUAAUAGACUCUGUGUAUUUAUCUUCCCUUCAACAUAGGGUCUCACACUUGCCUAAGGGGAAGACUGGGUGUUAGGGUGAGUAUGAGUGGUUUGGUAUAGGAGAUAGCAGGCAGGUAGCAGGCAGGAGAGGAAUAUUCCCUUAAUCUUCCAAAGGUGAUCCCUAAACCUCCAAGCUUGGCUUUUCUUGGGCAAGAGGCCUCAAGAGCAGAAUUUCUCAUGCAGUUGGUCUUGGUAACCCUGGCCGAGGUGCUGGAGCAACAUGGGAUUCGGUGCGCCCGGUUCCUGCCUUGUGAGACAUGGCUUUGGCUUCUUAAGCUGCUACCUGUUUUCCUGUAGUAGCAAAUAUGCGCCCCUCCGCAACUUCCAAGCUUCCACCCAUGGAUAAGACACCAAGAGAUAAAUGUUUGUGUUUUAUUUCAAAACCAAAGUUGAAAUAAGACAAAAUGAAGCUCUACCAAAUUGUAGGGCAGCAACAUGAGAAUACCAACAGGUCAGAAAAGGAAUAAGCUUAGAAGGAUGGUAUUGGCAUAGACAUGGGAAGAGUAUAAAA